GAGACCGGCCCAACGAAAUUCCCGAUGCGAACCUCUUGUCCCUAUCGUGACGAACGAGAAAGGAGGAGACGAGAAGCAGCGAAACUUCGUCCAAGUUUCGAUUUUUUCGAAGUUUCCAAGGCCGCGCGGCCUCGCCGUUCCCCCCCGGACCCCUACUUCACCAUGGACGCGGCGGUGCCUCCGCCCCUCCCACCGCGCCACUCCCACCUUCGGGACCACCGGCAAGCACAGCCUCCCCGACCCCCGACAUGGCUCCACCGUCCGCGGCCGGCGCGGCCGGCGCGGCGGCGAGAUGGCUGGUGUCGCCGCUGCUGCAGUGCCUGGGCGAUCGGGCCAGGUCCUUCGCCGACGACCUCGCGCGGUACCUCCCGGGAGGAUCCGGGGACGCGCCCGCCGACCUCGCGCGCCUCUCCGGCGAGCUCCUCCGCCUCCAGGUGAACGCCGCCGACGUCGAGCGCGCCCGGCGCCGCCCCUCCGACCCCGCCCUCGUCGCCUGGCUCCACCGCCUCAGGGACGCGGCCCACGACGCCGACGACCUCCUCGACGACAUCCACUACGGCCGCCUCGCCGACUCCCUCGCCGCCCCACGCCAUAAGCUCCGCCGCAUCCUCGACUUCUCCCUCUCCAUCUGCCGCCGCCUGUUCCGCUCCGACGAGCCCCUCAAUCGGCUCCCCUCCGUCCUCGAGAAUCUCACCGACGCCUCCGCGGCCUACACAGAGAUGGCCCACCGCGGCCUGAAGCUGGACGCGCCCGCCUCUUCGUGGCUUGGCAACGAAUCGGCUACCUCUCCGCGGCUUGGUAACUUUAGCUCCGCCCUCCCAGUCGACAGCACCUUCUUUGGCCGCGGCCGCGAGCUCGCUGAUCUGCUGGAAAGGUUAGUCGGAUGCAAUGGCCCUGCUCAACUCGGGAACCAGGGUGUCCCGGUUGUUGCCAUUGUUGGCGAUGGCGGCAUCGGCAAGACGACGCUGGCGCAGAUGGCCUUCAAUGAUGUGAGCAUCCAGGCUCACUUCGAUCUCCGGAUGUGGGUGUGCGUCUCAAGCUGUAUGCAUGUGAUGGAGCUUACUAGGGAGAUAUUGCAGCUGGCCAAAGAGGGGAAGGACUAUCGUGGUGUACUCAAUUUUAAUUAUCUGCAGGAGUCGCUGGUUUCUGCCGUUGCAGGGAAGAGGUUCUUGCUCAUCCUUGAUGAUGUUUGGAAUGACAACGGGAGUGAGCUUUGGCAGAACGUAGACCAGGGGAAAGCUUUACUAUCACCUCUGCAGAAUGGUCAGCAAGGUAGCAGAAUAGUCGUGACUACACGCACGAAGAUGGUGGCUGACAUGCUAGGUGUAAGGAUCCCAAUGAUGUUGGUUGGAUUGGGUGCCGAAGAGCAUUGGUUGUUGCUCAAGAAGCACGCGUUGGUUUGUGAGGAGAGUUCUGGAUAUUCUCAGUUGAAGGAGAUUGGGAGAAAGAUUGCUUUGAAGCUAAGAGGAUCUCCUCUCGCAGCUAAAGUUAUUGGCGGGACGCUUAGUGGUACUCGAAGGGCAAGGGAUUGGAACAGUAUCUUGGAGACAGAUAUUCAUGGUGACAUUGUCGCCACACUUUUGUCAAGCUAUUACCAUCUGCCACCACACUUGCAGUGUUGCUUUGCAUAUUGCAGUAUAUUUCCGAAGAACUGGAAGUUUGAGCCAAAGAAACUUGUUAGGAUGUGGAUAUCACAGGGUUUCAUUCAGAUGGAAAAUGGCAGAAGCAUGGAGGAUUGUGGUAAAGAGUAUUUCAAACAACUUUUGUUGAGGUCAUUCUUUCAGACUGUCAAGCAAGGAAACAAAAGGCUCUAUCUCAUGCAUGACUUGAUUCAUGACUUGGCACAAAUGGUUUCUGAUGGUGAUUGUGGGAGGGUCGAAGGUGACAUGUCCAAAAACAUACUGCCAACCAUCAGACACUUGUCAGUUUCAAGUAACUGUUUAGGAAAGAUAAAAAAUCAAAACUAUCUGAAGAGAUUAAGGACACUGAUUGUGUUUAGAGAUCCUUUGAUGCCCCCGAGUCCUAUCCCAGAUGGUUUUCUCGCUGAGAUAAAGAAUGUGCGCACGUUAGAUUUUACCGGAUGUGAUAUAUCCAAGUUACCCGAAGCAAUUGACGUACUAACUCAUCUACGCUACAUAGCACUUCCUGAUACUAUCAAGACCAUACCUGAAUCUGUGAGCAGAUUACUGCAUCUUCAGACUUUUGAUAUUCCAAAGAAGUGCCAGCUUGAUGGAUUUCCUGAGGGUAUGCACCAGUUGACCAGCUUGCGACAUCUUGGCAUCGAGUCAAAAUACAUCUCAACAAUAAGAGGUAUUGGUAGUCUGGUUAACCUUCAAGGUUCUGUUGAGUUCCAUGUUAAAAAGGAAAAGGGGCGAACCUUAGAAGAAUUGAAGGAUAUGAGGGAUCUUCAUGGGCUUCUUAGCAUCAAGAAUCUGGAAAAUGUUCAAUGCAAAGAGGAAGCUUGCGAAGCUCAAUUGGCAAAUAAGCAACAUGUGAACAUUUUAAAAUUUGAAUGGAGUGUUGCCAAUUUAGAUUUUGGUCCCAACAUAGAUGCUGAAGUAUUGAACUGCUUACAACCUCAUCCCAAUCUGGAAGAACUUCACAUUGCAAGGUACAAAGGGGCAUCAUCGCCGAGGUGGUUGCAGCUGAAAACGUUGUCCCACCUGAAAUGCCUGUAUCUAGCUAAUUGCAGAAGGUGGGAGUGGCUUCCUCCUCUGGGGCAGCUUCCAUCUCUGAGGGUGUUGCACCUGAAGGAAAUGAAUUCUGUUGCUGAAAUUGGCCCUUCGUUCUAUGGUGGCUUGAUGGCAUUUCAAUCUCUAAAGGAUCUUGAAUUUGAUGACAUGCCGAAUUUAGUUCGCUGGACAGGAGAAACUGGUAACUCAUUUCUCCCUUCCCUGCAAAAGUUGAAGAUUUCAAACUGUCCAAAGUUGGAUGAAGUGCCCUUGCUUCCUUAUACAAUAAAAAGAGUGACGGUAGAACGAAGUAAAGUUUCACAUCUCAAGUUGUCCCCUCAUUGUUCAUCUAGAUCAAGCAAAUUCAUGUUGGAAAUUUCUUCCACGAGUAUUCUGAGUGAAGGGUUCUUAUUACAUCAGCAACACCUUGAAGCUACCGAGGUUCUAAACAUUAGGGGUUGUUGGGGAUCAGUGGCUGCCGAAAAAUUUAAGUUACUAACAUCACUAAGAAAACUACGGUUAUGGCAGUGCGACAUGGAUGAUGCAAGGCUUAAUUUGUGUUUGCAACACUUAACUGUUCUCGCUUCCUUAGAGAUAAUUGACUGCAAGAAUAUCAAAUCAUUUGUCUUGCCAGUUGGUUCAAGGUAUUUUACAACACUUCAACACUUGUGCUUUGAGAAUUGCCUGAACCUUUCCUCCUUGGCUACCUUGGAAAGCUCCAUUUUCCUGAAAAGUUUGAUCAUUGAGAGGUGUCCAAUGGUCACAGCAGUGUCCCUACCUUCUGAGAUGAAGAGAAUGACAUCUCUUAAUAAACUGAGUAUAUCACACUGCCAAGGGUUUCAGUCAUUGCCGAGCAGUAUCCCGCCAUCCCUGGAAUUUCUUCAUUUGGUUGGGUGUGACUCGAGGUUGACUGAAGGGUUACUUGAGAGGCAAGGUCCAGAGUGGGAGAAGAUUGCCUUUAUCUCCCAAAUCACAGUAUACUAAUUGUAUGGUUUGUGUUAGUUUGUUGCACGGAUUUGGAUUCUGGACCAUGGUGUUCCUCAUAGUUCAUCUUCUGCUCACCUCUGCUAGGUUUCUGCCGAUGGUGUUGUGUGUUAUGGAGCCAAUAUCUGGAUUUCAUACAUGAAGCUAGCACUCUACGUACACUUGAAAGCAUACCUACAAAUAGAAUUGGAAUGUCUUGAUGAGAUUCUUGGGAACUCCAAAGCUUUGUGAAGAAGCAACCACUAUCUACUGGCCAAUGCAAAUGCGGUUGAUCAUUCGAAGGCAUGGCCUACUUAUGUACCGCAAGCUAAAUCCGCUGGAACUUAUGGAGUAGAAGCUCUUGUGGUCAUAGUUUAAAAACCUAAUUUGACUGCAUUGCUUGCCAGCAUAUGGAGUCUCCAUCUGUCACUUCACUUACCCAUGAAGUUGCUUUGCUUUGCUUUGGCAUUUCAGUUAAUCUCUAAGAUGUAUGACUCUCGGAAGGUAUAAUCCCAGAAAGGUGAAGAUCAAGUGUUAAUGCAAGUGUUUCAAGAGAGAGCAUACCACAGGUUUUGUGAGACACUAACUAGUUACUGCAAUGUAAAUGCUGCCAUAUGAACAGGAUAAAUGGAUUAGUGCUCCCUGUAAAUUGUGUAGUUGUUUCCGAUAGUAAACAUCAACACCAUACAUAUAAAUGGUUGAAAUUGAAAUAAUGUGUAUGUUGUACAUAAA